AUGAAGAUUUUCGGACGAUUUCGCAAAGCGCUAUCAAAUAUCUAUACCUUGACAUGUGACCGACUUACAUCUUCGCACACGAGGAACAUCGAUGGGAGCAAAUCUCAACAUGGUAGAUACGUCUUCCCUGCGGAAUCAGAGCUCCACGAGGCGACAAUCAUAGGGUUUCCAUCACGAUGCUCCUUACCACCCGAUAUGUAUGAUGCUGUCUGCAAAGAAUUAGCUCAGCUAGCUUUGGCAAUUGCCGAAUUUGAACCAGUUCGUCUCUACGUUCGACCCGAAGAAAUCCAAUUGGCCGAGUCACUAGUCAAGGAAAAUGACAGUAAGACUUCAAGAAUAUCGAUCAUCCCGUGCCCAAUCAACCACUGCUGGGUACGCGACACAGGCCCAGUCUAUGUGCGUGACACGACAGGCUCGUUUCCGAACAGGCGCUUUGCGAUAAACUUCCGAUUUAACGAGUGGGGAGACAAGAAACCCGAAGAAGACGGAAUCUGCUGGGGCCAGCAUUGGCCCUUGAUGAAUGACCAAGUACUGCAGGAAAAUGCCGAUUUUGCGCGGUGGGUAAUUGACCAUGACCUCGAGCCAGCCCCUGUUGGGCGGAUCGACGCUCCCAUACGCGCCGAAGGGGGCGCUUUGGUUACAGAUGGCGAGGGGACCCUCUUGAUCACAGAGAGUAGCAUCGUCUGUGAUGAACGGAACCCUGGCAUGUCAAAAUCGGACAUUGAGGCGGAGUUGAAGCGGCUUCUCGGGAUCGAGAAGGUGAUUUGGUUUCCAGGACGGCGCAAUGUCGACAUUACCGACGUGCAUAUGGAUGCUGAGGCGAGAUUCGUGCGCCCCGGUGUCAUCGCUUACUCAAAACCUCACGCCAUUGCGAUCGAUUUGUGGAAAGACCUGUCUGCCGAGAUCUUGGAUAUUCUGGAACGUGAGACGGACGCGAAGGGUCGGCGCUUGCAGAUCCAUACCAUUGAGGAGCCGGACCCACGAGGCUUGGUACAAUCAGAUCAUGAUGAACUAUCAGCAAGCUAUGUGAAUUUUUAUUUCGUUAAUGGAGGUCUCAUCAUCCCAAAGUUUGGCGACGAUGAAAGGGAUCAACGGGCCUUGGAGAUGUUACAAGAGUUGAUGCCAGAGCGGGUUGUGAGGCAGGUCUACACCAAUGCCAUUCCCCUUACUGGUGGAGUGAUCCACUGCGUCACCCAGCAAGUUCCUGCGAUGGAAAUAUGA